AUGGCAACUUGCAAGGGCAGCGAGCACGUGGGCUUCAAGUCUACAGGCAUCACAAGCAGCUGCCAUUUGGUGGUAGCUGUGCCGCGCGUGGAUGCUGCUGCCAUUAAAAGUGCAGUCAAAGUUGGAUAUCAAAGCCGGUGGGAUGAUGGGAGGGUUCCUGCAGGUGGUGUAGACAGUACACUGCCUACACUUCGCGCGAGCAACCGAAAUCCCGCCCUAUCACGCAUGAUCUGUGUCGUGCGUGAACAGCGGCACCAGACGCCAUGCCACCCAGCAGGCCUGCUAGAGGCCUUAUACAUGCGAUCUGCAAGUGCCGGAGCACGCGCCGGCACCCUGAGCGCCCUGGAUGCAUGCGGGCGGGCAUGUCCACCAGCGCCCAGACCGCCACUCUGCUGCGGGCUGUGCAGGGCUCUGCUGCUGCUGGCAUGCCUGGCGGCGGCGGCCAAGGAGGCCGCCGCCGCCUUUCCAGCACCUGGCGGUGCAGCUAACAUCACCAAGGUGACGCUGGUGGUGGCCACCCACCUGGACGUCGGGUACCACUCGGGCGGGCCUGAGCCUGGGUACGACAACAACACCCUGUCGCGCUACUUCAACACCCACUUCCCCAGGGCCGUGCGCGUGGCCCGCCAGCUGCGCCAGCGGCCCGGCGGCACCGAGCGCCUCGUCUUCCUGACCCACAGCUGGCUGGUCAGCCUGUUUCUCGACUGCCCGACCCACAUCGGCCUGGUCUGCCCCAACGCCACCACCGUGGCCGACUUCAAGGCGGCCGUCCACCGCGGCGACAUCACCUGGCACGCCCUGCCGCACAAUGCCCAGGUGGAGCUAUAUGAUGCCGACCUGCUCCGGUUUGCCGUCAGCCUGACGCACGACCUGGACCGCGCUUUCCACCUGCCCCCCAAGAUCACCGCCAGCCAGCGUGAUGUGCCGGGGCUGACCCGCGCCGCCGUGCCCAUCCUGGCCGACCAAGGCGUGCGGGCCAUCUCAGUGGGCGUCAACGGCGGCUGCGCCCCCCCUGCUGUGCCCCACUUUACGCCCUUCAUCUGGCGCGACCUGCCCAGCGGCAAGGAGCUGCUGGCCAUGUGGCACCCAGGAGGCUACUCGGGGACACCGGUGGACGGCCGCUGGGAGUGCGUCAAGGCGGAUGGGCUGUCGCAUGCGCUGUGUGCGGCCUGGUCUGGAGACAACUCGGGGCCGCCGGAUGCGGAUGAGGUGCUGGACAUCUACGCCCGCCUGCGCGCCGACUUCCCCGGCGCCGACAUCGUGGCGGGCGGCUUUGACGGCUUUGUGGCUGACGUGCUGGCGGCGGCGCCCCGCCUGGACCUGCCGGUGGUGACGGGAGAGAUUGGGGACACCUGGAUCCACGGUGCUGCUGCCGACCCAGCCAAGCUGGCCGAGUACCGCGCCCUGCUGCGCCUGCCGGAGCACACCGCUGGUGUGGACCAGAAGGAGUAUCCCAACGACUGGGAGCACUGGGGCAAUGCAGCCUUCCACAGGCGGCUGGCCAACACGAGCCUGGGCAACCCCUUCGCCGUGGCGGUGCACAGCUGGGUGCGGCAGCGAUCGUACAACCGCUGGGCGGUGCAGGAGCUGGGCAACAGCCAGGAGGGCCUGCGCGCGCAGGAGGCGCUGUCUGCGCUGCAGAGGGGCAGGGUGCCGCCCACGCCCCACGCACCAAGCAGCGGCUUCCAGCGGCGCAGCCUCCAGGAGCCACUGCUGUUCCAGUCGCUUGCCUGGCAGCUGGAGCUGUCUAGCGCGACCGGCGCCAUUGUGGGGCUGCACUUCAAGGAGAGCGACUUUAACGUUAUGUGGGAGCAGUAUGCGUUUUUUGAAACCCGGGACGACUGGUUUGCCAAGGACUUCUCCAAACCCAACUCCACCCUGAAGGGCGGCGCGCGGCAUGCCGCAUACCUGCCACAGGCGGAGGAGGUGUGGUGGCGGCGCAACGAUGACGGCGGGCUGCACAUCACCGUCAAGUCCGCCUUUGAGCGCUAUGCGGUGCAGUCUGCGGGUGCGCCCAAGGUGCUGUGGACCGAAAUCAGGGCGCUGCCUGACACCCCCGACCUGCUGGUGGAUCUGGUGUGGGAGGGCAAGGCGCCCACGCGGCUGGCGGAGGCCUUCUGGGUGACCUGGAUCCCGCGGCAGCAGGCAGGCGAGUGGCGCAGCGACACGUGGGGCGCUUCCAACAGCUGGCGCUGGCCCCUGCUGGCCGGCCUCUCAGCGGCUCCCCUACCUUGCCUGGCUGCCGGCUGCCUGCUACGUGCAGUCAACAUCAGCAGCUGGCUGAUGUGGAAGCUGGGCCAGCCCAUCUCCCCGCUGGAGGUCAUCCGCAACGGCAGCCACGGUCUGCACGCUGUGGGGGACGAGGGCGUCAGCGUGGACAGCGCAGACGGCAAGCGCCGGCUCUACAUCAGGUCGCUGGAUGCGGCGCUCGUCAGCCCCGUCCGGCACACGCCCUUCCCGAGCCUCUCCACGCCGCCCGACCUGCGGCAUGGCGUGUCUUACUGCCUGACCAACAACAUCUGGGGCACCAACUACGCCAUGUGGAAUCCAUACCUGCCCAGAGAUGCAAGCAUGCGCUUUAGAUUCGUGCUGCAACUGGAAAUACUGCCAGCUGUACAGGCACAUAUGGCGGACGCCUGA